AUGUCGAUUUUGCCGGAUGAUAUUCGAUACGAAAUUCUUUCUCGAUUGCCUGUCAAAACUCUGCUCCGUUUAAGGGUUACAUCUCGAUUCUGGCUUACCCUAAUCGGUAGCCCCAAUUUCAUCAAAUCGCAUCUGAAACAAUCAGUUAAAACCAAGAACAACCUUAAUCUCUUCCUGAGUUACGUCACUCCCGAUCUCUUUGAUUUUUCCAGACUCUUUCGCUUGGAUUUAGAUUCGGUCGAGGGUGAUGGCAUUCUUCAACCGGUAGAGAUCGAUGACAAUCCCUUGAGGCAUCAUCUUUAUAAGAACCGUAUUUGGGGAACCUGCGAUGGAUUGCUCUGUUUGUCAAAUAUCAAGCAAGCUACCCUUUCAUGGAACCAAUCAACCAGGAUAACUGUAGGACCCCUAAAUCAUUCCAACAUUCGCCAAAAUGAUGGAUCGAACAUCCGCGUUGUAGAUUACAUAGACAUUGUAGUUUUAUGGAAUCCUUCAACGAAAAAGUCUAUAGAACUUCCUUUCGCAUCGUUAGAGAUCAAAGAUGAGCUCGACCUUCCCCAAUAUUGUACUUAUGGAUUCGGUUACGAUAACACCAAUGACGACUACAAAGUGGUGAGAGUUGCGGUUGUUCUGGAUGUUGUCAUAAAUUACGAGGUUAAGGUUUAUAGUUUAAGAUCAAAUUCGUGGCAUACUGCAGAUAAAUUUCCUAACCAAUAUCCGAAUUUGAAUAGAAUUGGAAAUUCCGUAGUUGGUGGUUCGAUGCACUGGAUGUCGAUAGAUGUGAAUUCGAAUAGUUCCAUUCUUGCAUUUGAUCUCGGGUUGGAGACCUAUAGAGUAAUUCAACAGCCUGAAUACCGUGAUUGUGAAUUCUCUUCCUACUUGGCUAGUUUUGAAGGAUGUUUAUCGUUAUCUUGUCACUAUUAUUCGGGGAAUGUGGAUGUAUGGUUGCUGAACCAAUACGGUGGGGAGAAUGAAUCUUGGUCGAGAUUCAUUACAUUGGCGGAGCAAAACAUUCCGGAUAUAAUUAACUAUUUUUUUAGAUGUAUUGUUUAUUCGAAAAAUGGUAAGAAAGUACUUUUGGAGAUGGGUGCCGAUCUUGUUUGGUAUAACUUAGAAACGAGAUCACUUGAAGAUGUUAGGUUUCAUUCUGAGGAAGAUUCACUUGAAGAUAUGGAGUCUUGUUUGGAAAGUCUAGUAUCUGUUGGUACUGUUGCAGAAGCUGGAUAA